CACAACCAACACCACACCUCACUCGUCUCGCAUCUCGUCAACACCUCUUCCAUCUUCCACCUCCCUUCUCCUCUUCUCUUUCCAAACCCCAUCCAUCCAUCACUCAGAGGACGCGACCAACCUCGUACAGGUCCUUGACAUCUCGCUCUCUUCUCCCCUCCCCAUCUAAGCCUUCUCAUCUCAACUGUAGCAUCAACAUCUACCUUACCAUCUCCCGGCACGAUGGAGGCCAUACUCGACCCUUCCAAGGAACUCGACGUCGGCCUGCUCGACCAGGUCGUAACAACAUUCUACACCGGCGCUGGAGCACAGCAACAGCAGGCCCAGCAGGUCCUCACCCAGUUCCAAGAGAACCCCGACUCGUGGCAGCGGGUCCCGGCGAUCCUUGAGUCCUCAGGUAACAUAAACACCAAGUUCAUCGCCUUGCAGAUCCUCGAGAAGCUUGUUCAGACCAGAUGGAAGACUCUUCCUGCCGACCAGCAGGGCGGCAUCCGCAACUUUAUCGUCCAGGUUACCGUGGACGUUUCGAGUGACGAGACGCGGAUGCGCCGGGAGAAGAGCUACCUCAACAAGCUCAACCUCGUCCUCGUACAGAUCCUUAAGCAGGCAUGGCCCAAGGAUUGGCCUUCAUUCAUUCCCGAGAUCACUGCAUCAUCGCGCAACAACCUGUCGCUGUGUGAGAACAACAUGGUCAUCCUCAAGCUCUUGUCUGAGGAGAUCUUUGACUUCUCCGCCGAACAGAUGACCCAGGCUAAGACCAAGGCUCUGAAGCAGACCAUGUGCGGCGAGUUCUCGGACAUCUUCACCCUUUGUAAUGAAGUACUCGAGAAGGCCAACAAGCCAAGUCUCAUCAAAGCCACACUCGAGACCUUGUUGCGAUUCCUCAACUGGAUCCCGCUCGGUUACAUCUUUGAGACUCAGAUCAUUGACUUCCUCGUCACCAGGUUCCUCGAGGUGCCAGAGUUCCGUAACGUCACACUCAAGUGUUUGAGCGAGAUUGGAGGCCUGAACGUUGGGCCGGAGUACAACUCGAAAUUCGUCAUUCUCUUCCAGAUGGUCAUGACAAGCGUCAACCGUAUGGUCCCGCCAAGCACCGACCUCGCCGCUGCCUAUGCGUCGUCCGACGACGAGGACCAGCAGCUUAUCAAGAACCUUGCACUUUUCUUGACCAACUUCCUUCAGUCACAUUUGCGUCUGAUCGAGACGCCCGAGUCUAACGAGCUCCUCAUCAACGCCCACCUGUACCUUAUAAAGAUCUCCACCGUCGACGACCGUGAGGUCUUCAAAAUCUGCCUCGAGUAUUGGGGCAAGCUCGUCGCCGAGCUUUACGAGGAGAUCCAGUCGCUGCCCAUGGGCGACAUCAACCCUUUGAUGAACCUCAACCUCGGCGGCAUGGGCGGUGUCAACGGUCCUCAGUCGGUCGGGCUUAACGGAGCGCCGCUGCGGAAGAACACCUACUCUGAAAUCCUCUCCAACCUUCGCCUGGUUACGAUCGAGAAGAUGGUCAAACCCGAGGAGGUCCUCAUUGUCGAGAACGAGGAGGGAGAGAUUGUCCGCGAGUUCAUGAAGGAGAGCGACACGAUCGUGCUGUACAAGAGCAUGCGCGAGGUGCUAGUCUACCUCACUCACCUCGACGUUCAGGACACGGAGCAAAUCAUGACGGAUAAGCUUGCUAAGCAGAUAGAUGGGUCCGAAUGGUCGUGGAACAACCUCAACACGCUCUGCUGGGCCAUUGGUUCGAUUUCAGGCGCGAUGAACGAGGAGACGGAAAAGCGCUUCCUGGUCACAGUCAUCAAGGACCUGCUUGGACUGACGGAAAUGAAGCGUGGCAAGGACAACAAGGCCGUCUGUGCUUCUGACAUCAUGUACAUUGUCGGCCAGUACCCUCGCUUCCUCAAGGCGCACUGGAAGUUCCUCAAGACGGUCGUCAACAAGCUCUUCGAAUUCAUGCACGAGACUCAUGAGGGUGUGCAAGACAUGGCGUGCGACACCUUUAUCAAAAUUGCUCAGAAGUGCCGUCGCCACUUUGUCAUGCAGCAGGCAGGCGAGCACGAGCCGUUCAUCGAUGAGAUUCUGCGCACCCUGCACAGGAUCACCGUCGAUUUGCAGCCCCAGCAGGUCCACACCUUCUACGAGGCAGUCGGCUACAUGAUCUCUGCGCAGCCUAACAAGCCGACCCAGGAGCGCCUGAUCGAGAAGCUCAUGGAGCUCCCCAACAAUGCAUGGGACAACCUCAUGCAGCAGGCAGCGAGCAGCGUCGACGUUCUCGGCAACCCCGAGAAUGUUAAGAUCAUGUCCAACAUUCUCAAGACCAAUGUCUCGGCGUGUACGUCCAUUGGGUCGUUCUUCCUUCCCCAGCUUGGGCGCAUAUGGCUCGACAUGCUCGGCCUCUACAAGGCCGUGUCCGGCAUCAUCUCGGAACAGGUGGCGUCUAUGGGUCUGGUCGCCACGAAGACGCCCAAGGUUCGCUCCCUUCGCACGAUCAAGAAGGAGAUCCUGAAGCUGGUCGAGACCUAUGUUCGCAAGGCGGAGGACCUUGAUGGUGUUAACCAGAACCUCAUCCCUGGUCUCCUUGACGCCAUCCUUGGUGACUACAACCGAAACGUGCCCGCCGCGCGUGAUGCCGAGGUCCUGAACGUCAUGGCUACGAUCGUGUCCAAGCUGAGCAAUCUCCUCAUCCCGCAGAUUGCUCCCAUCCUUGACGCCGUGUUCGAGCCCACACUUGACAUGAUCAACAAGGACUUUGCUGAGUACCCCGAGCACCGGGUCGGCUUCUUCAAGCUCUUGCGUGCAAUCAACCUCACAUGCUUCCCUGCAUUGCUCGAGCUGCCACCACAACAGUUCAAGCUCGUCAUGGACUCGGUGGUUUGGGCGUUCAAGCACACGAUGCGCGACAUUGCCGACACUGGCCUGAGCAUUGCGUUCGAGAUUGUCAACAACUUUGCUUCGUCAUCACCGGAAAUCUCCGGCCAGUUCUACCAGCAGUACUUGCUGUCGCUGCUGGGUGACGUGUUCUACGUCCUCACUGACGCCGACCACAAGAGUGGCUUCAAGAUGCAAACCAUCCUGCUCGCGCGUCUCAUCUCGUUGGUCGAGAACGACGGCGUCCAGGCUCCGUUGUUCAACCCCGCUGAGCACGAGCCAGGCAUGACCAACGUCGUGUUCCUGAAGGGAUAUGUGGCGAACCUGCUCACGAACGCUUUCGGUCACAUGCAGCCCGCGCAGAUCACUCAGUUCGUCAACCAGAUGUUUGCGAACGCGGCGGACCCAGCCAAGUUCAAGCUCACAUUGCGCGACUUCCUGAUCUCGCUCAAGGAGUUCAGCGGCGACAGUGCGGACAGCGCCGACCUCUACCUUGACGAGAAGGAGGCUGAGGCGGAGCGCAAGGCUGCGGCCGAGCGUGAGAACGCGCUUCGCGUUCCGGGUAUGCUCAAGCCCUCGCAGCUUGAUGACGACGCCGACUUGUGAGCGGCAUGAGACGAAGGGGAUUCCGCGCGACGCGCCCAUGUAUCAGCGCGAGCGUGACAGACGGAGAUGUUGGAGUCAUUUGCAUUGUUUGCAUAGAGUGGGGGCGAGAGCCCACUGGUGUUUACCCGAGCGAAGAUAUCAAUACAUUUGUUUAUGAAGUCACUACUAUUGCAGGUGGUGGGGAUGGCGAGUGUAGGGAUGGUAAUACAUGUACGGAUGACGAGCUUGAUGGAGGCGCCAGGGACUUGCAUAGC